AAGCGGCUGCAGGUAAUGGACAAGUGCGACGCCGACGCGAGAUUGCUCAGCGUGGAGGCAGACGCCGCCGUUCGCGAGGUCGCCUUCGCCGUACAAUCGAUAUCCGUCUCGCCAACGUUUCCCAACAGCGAGCGCACCUACCGUCUCGACCUGUGCACGCUAGAGGGCGCCGCGUACUGCAUCGAGCUCACGUCGGAGGGAUUCCGCGUCGUCGACGGCGACGGGCGCUACUUUGAGACGAUCUACUCGCUGCUCGGCGCCACCAGUCCGCGCUACCGUCUCAUGUUCGGCGGCGCGCUUGCCAGCAAGCUAGCCGAGUUGGCGCAGCGCCAAGAAAGGGAGGCGGGCGACGAGGACAGCGGUGAGGAGGCGAUGAGGCACUGAGACGUCGUCCCGGCAACCACGAAU